AGGAUGAUCAAUGACCCUCAAUCUGCUUGCUACAUCCAGUGGACACCACUCGGGAUCAGUUUCGUCGUGUCAAAUGUAGGGGAGUUCAGUAAUGAGAUCCUGGGCUCUCAUUUUAAGCACAGUAAUGCAAGUCUUUUCUCCAGCUUCGUUCGUCAGUUAAAUAUGUAUGGGUUCCAUAAGUCCAACAGGACACCACGCGCACAGCGAACGAACCAGAAUCCCAAUGACCAAGUUUGGGAGUUUUCGCACCAAUAUUUCCUACGAGGACGGGAGGACCUAUUAGAGAAAAUUAGGCGCAAG